CUCCUAACGUUCCCGGCAGAGCGAUUUCCGGAUUCGCUGGUUUUGUUUACUUCUUGAUCCUACGUUACGGGAUGCUGUCCGCCUGACUACCCGUGCCUCGCCGUCGCUGCGCCCAGGACGCGAAUGAAGAAACUGCUCCUCCUGCUCUUCAAUUAUCGGGGACUCAAUCGAGGCGGGGGACGCAAAGGGAAACGCCGUCGGAAAUGGAGUCGUUCGUUAUCCGCGCCGCGCGGCCUGAGGACUGCGCUGACAUUCUGCGCCUCAUAAAGGAACUUGCUAAAUAUGAAGAUAUGGAGGAUCAAGUAGUACUGACGGAAAAAGAUCUACUUGAGGAUGGCUUUGGAGAACACCCUUUCUAUCACUGCCUCGUUGCAGAAGUACCAAAAGAACAGUGGACACCUGAAGGUUACAGUAUUGUGGGCUUUGCCAUGUAUUAUUUCACCUAUGAUCCAUGGAUUGGAAAACUGUUGUAUCUUGAAGACUUCUUUGUGAUGAAUGAGUUCAGAGGUUUGGGCAUUGGUUCGGAAAUUCUGAAGCAUCUGAGUAAGAUGGCUGUCAAGUGUCGCUGUAGCAGUAUGCACUUCUUAGUGGCAGAGUGGAAUGAGCCUUCCAUUAGGUUCUACAAGCGACGGGGAGCGUCUGACCUAUCAUCGGAGGAAGGCUGGAGACUCUUCAAAAUAGACAAGGAGUAUUUGGUGAAAAUGGCAACCGAAGAGUGAAGAGUUUUGUCAAAACAACAGCAAAUUUCACAUUAUUUCUUUUUACUAUCUUUUUCCUGCCUUACUUUCAACCACUUUACUGUAUUUUGAAGUAGUUUGUUUGGACCCUGAUUGAAAAGCUCUAUGACCAGAGGCAUAAAUAAAAUGGUGCAUCUACAGUUGGUGACAGUUGCAGAGUCAGUUGAUUGCCUGUCUCCAUCCUCCGAUCAGUAUACCUUGGGAUCCUAAAAUGUAUAUUGUAUGUAACUUCAUUCUUGUAAGUGUCAUUCAAAUGUGUACAGUGUACACAAAUAGGUUUUUUAAUUGUGUUCAUAAGACAAUAAACUAUGUUUUUCAUUUCAA